AUGGUUGCCUUACGUGGUAGAGAAUCCAACAAACCUACUCCUAUGGGGGGAGCCUGCGAGCUAAGCGAAGGGGAAACACGCCCCCUAUUCCAAGAUUCAGCCAAUCAGAAUUCACAUCGCAUCGUCACCCCAUCGACUAAUAGCGUUGUGUUCUGUUUGUUUUGGGAGUCCCGGUUGGGCGUUUGGACGGAGAAACUCACCAAAGAUAUCUUGCCUGGGACAGAUCUUCUCUUUCUUCUCGGCUUCACGUUUCUCCAUCUCUCCCAUCACACCGACAUCAACACCGCCAUCAGCAAACCCCGUUCAAAGCAAGAUCACGAGCUGAUAUCAAGGUCACGAGUUGAUAUCGAUAUCACCGCCAUAAUGGAGCAGCAGAAUAGCCAGGAACCGCGAAACGAGGGCCCUCAUGAUCCUAGUGUCCUCCUAGACGCCAACUUCUCGUUUAACGGUCUUCCAGUUCAUUCAUUCAACCCCAUCAACGCAGGUCUACUUCGUCAUCUUCCAUCUCCUCUCUGGUUCGACAGACCACCAAUCCGCUAUACCUCUGGUGACCCUAGUACCCUUUCAUAUCAAGAUAUUGUCGCAGGUCGACCUUACGCGCGCCGUCAUCCGCCCAAAGAGCAAGAGCCCUCGAUGGAUCAGAUCGCAAUGGACGAGAACAAGGCCAGCGUAUUGCAGCGCCUCGCCGUGCUCGAAGCAGAGGCUUCUGGCAAGGCCCCCUCUUCUUCUUCGUCGGCCCCCUCCUUGCAAAAGGAGUGGAAGGCCAUGAUGAAGAAGAAGGGUAAGGGCCGGACCCAGAAGCCCUGCUUCGGCGCGGGGAGGUGCAGCAAUGCGCUGUGCGACCACGCGGUUGUUGUUCCCUUCGCCCCCGCUCCAGAGGAGCAGAAGAUGAAGGAGAAACUUCUCUCGGUUAUGAGAGAGAAGAGCGCGAAGGAUGGCUAUGCCAUCAGCGAAGAGUACGGAAGAGCGUUCUUAGAACGCUGCGGGGGAAAGAUUGUCCUUGCGCUAGAGGCCGUAAAGGCCGAUAUUAACUCUCGGGAGGCGGCCCUGAUCAAUACAGGGCGUAUAAACUGGGAGAAGGAGCAGGUCAUGGCCGCGGCCCGACCUAAGGGCCCGGCCGAAAAUGGCCGUACCGAUACCAGAGACGAGCGGCUCUCGUUCCUGGAGCAUGACGACUUCCACCUAAACGAAAUGGUGGAGGAGGGAUGGCGCUCAAUGUAUGGGCGGCUCAUCAAGAAGAGAUACCCUGCAAAGAAGCAGGCAGUCAAGGCCUUCAAGGCCAAUCGAAAGGCAGCGAUGAUGAGGGCCCAAAGGGCCGAAUAUUAUACCGAUGUACGAAAGGAAGACAUCACCCAGGAAGAAUUAAACUGUCUCAUGGAGAAAUGGGACGAGGAUAACCAUAACGUCGAAUAUAUCAACGCGUUCGCCGACGAAAGCCGGACGGUUGGAGAGCCCAGGGUUCCCAACGACGACGACGAUGACGACGAAGAAUAUAACGCCGAACAGCCAGCUGAAGAAGGGGAAGAGAACUAUCUCAACCCAGAGGAGGAGGAGGAUAUUGAUCCCCUCCAGGUCGAAGAAGAACACGCCGCCGAUGACGAGAUAACAGUUUUCGGAGAGGAGAACGUCCCUCCCGAGGUGGAACAGACACCUGAGGAGGUUAAUACCAAUGAAGCGCCAGAGGAAGCAAUCCGACAGGUGCAGGAUUAUCUUUUGAUGCUCGAUUCCCCCAGUCGCCAAUUCUUAGGGCGGGUAGUUGACCUCCAGAUCUCCAUCGGAGGCGGUUCUCUCGAAGACAUCGUUCAUAUCCCGGAAGACGCUAUUCUGCAGUUCAUUGCAGCCACGGAUAUCCUCGAUCGCACAACCAGCGCCUACAUUCUGGGAAUGUGUGGCAAUAAUUUCGACCGAGCUAUGGCCUUCUACCCGGCCUUGCACCGUGAGCUGAUUCUACAUCUAUAUCGACAGGGAGUGGUCAUUAUACAGCAUAAUAAUCUCCACCAGGAGCUGUCACGCUUUGUUGAGAUGUUCUGGCUCUGCAUGACUUCAGUGAUGGGACGCCGUUAG